CAAAAAGGAGAAAAAUAAUACAGUAAAUACUACGAGUAUGAGAGCACGAGUACAACGAACCUCAAGUUGGAAAAACAUUUGAGUUUGUUUGGUCUACCGUUGUGGCACUCGAUAGAGAAACGAAUUAUUGUAAUCGACAAGGUGAAAAUGAAGUUUUCCAUUGCUGUUCUGAUCACCACCAUCCUUCCUUUGUGCUCGGAUGCAUUUUUGCCCCGUCGCGUUUCUCGAUCAGAACCAUCGGUGCUGUUUGAGCAACCGCGCGUGUCCCGCAUCGAAGGAAAUCAACGAGAGCCUAACGACAAUGAGAAGAAACUGAUGGACGAGAUGAUCGUCAAGUUGGCAAAUGCUAAACCAUACGAGCUUCCAAAUGCCGUAAGGAGAGCAUUUCGUGUCAUUUCCAGCCCACGAUUUUUCAUGCGCAUCGCGGAGCUAACCGAUAAGGCUGAAGAUGAGGCGGAAAAGGAAAAGCUUGCGGCGUUUGCGUCGAAUCUGGUCGCGACACUAGAGGUUGUAGUUGAAACAACAGAGGAAACUUUGGAUGAGCGUGCAAAGGAAGUAGAAAUGGUUCUAAAAGCAGCCGCCGAGCCCGAAACUGGAGACUUCUUGGUCCCUCUCUUGCCAGAGCAGGUACAAGGGAUGAGAAAAGUAGUCGAAGGUUUAGAACCGUCGUCUUUAGACGAGGGAUUCUUGUCUACAGUGGAUGCAUUCAUGAAUAAGAGUCACCAAGAUGGAAUGGUGCGUGUGUGUGAUUUCCAUUACAAGUGGGGUUAGGCUGUUUGAAUUUUGUUUUCAACUAUUGCCACAGCAUGCUGUGGCUUGUGACGAACAUCAUUGUUACAUUUUAGCGAGAUUCGUCGUCUUCACUAAUGAAGAUAAUAUUUUUCUUUUUUAUUUUCGCAGGAUGGUAUGGUUGAGAUUCUUCAAAAAUGCUUGCAACAAUAUAGUGGAGUUUGUAUUUUGCGCGCCCGAAAAAGUACACAAGAAGGUGACGAUGGAUCUUCUUCCGAGUCUAGCAAGCUUUUUGAUAAGCUCCUGCAAGUUGAUACUGACAGUUGGGAUGACGAAAUUAAGAAUGGAGUAGCAUCUUCGGACGACGUGACAACUCAGAAACUUACGACCGAAAUUCAGAAGACAAUGGUACGUAACAAAAUCUUGCUUCGAGGAAUAUGACGAUUGUCACUUCUAGAUGGAUUUUCUUUCUGUUAAUCAAGCUAUAUGGUGCUCAAUGUGACACACAAUGACCUGCAUACGUCUUAUAUUGAAUAUUAUGGAUUGAUUGUGUGGUUGUACUUUAGGAAACCGUGGUUCUUGGAUUGGAAAAUGGUAGCAUGGCACAGCGCGUACAAGCUGAAUACUUGCGAGAGCUAGUUACAAGAGUUGAAGCCAUUGAAGCUAACGCUUGAACAGCUAGAUAGAAAGAUCUUAUUUGCCCCGUGAACGACCGAAGAAAUCCCAACUAUGGGUAAAGAAGUUGUAGUAAAUCUUAAACUGGGCAUAGUGCUAUAAGAUAUCCUUUUAGUAAAUAUGCUAAUUGGAUAAUUUCGUGUUGAACCGUGGGCAAAAUCUUUGAUUCCACAGAAAUCGUCCCAAGCCUUCGACUCCGAAGGUCCGAAGGUAAUCGAUUUCAUAGUUAAC